AGGAAACAGAAAGCUGGAUUGGAAGAGAAAGGUAGUUCACACCCCACAUAACACUCUGUCAGAGGCAAUGUUUCACGUUUACACGAAACUCUCCAUUCAGGAGCUGAGAUCUAGCCCUCCAUGCUCUAUUUUCACACUUGCAAUGUCACAAACUGUCUGAAAAACGGCAAUAUGAAUUGAUUUGUCGAACUCAAAUCAGGAAUUUCAAUGCACACUACAGACAGCAGAAGGACCUUUUAUUAUUUUCAGUUGUGGAGUGGAAGUCAGGAACAAUUCUGACAUAUUUUAAAGGCUUAUCCCUGUCGUGAAGCAUCAUCAGCAGCGGGAGUCUUUGCCAAACCAGCAAGUGCAUGAGAGGGUGAAAAGAGCAACAAGAGAUAGAAAAGAAAGAGAGAGGAGCUAUUGUAAGAUAAGAUGGAUACACAGUUUGAGGAGAGGGAGUCAGAGCAGGAAGGGGGUGAGCAGGGGAAAGAAGGGGAAGUGAACUGCGAGCGAGCAAGAGAAAAAGGCGGAGAGGGAGCAAUUUAAUGCUGUAAUUAAGUUCCUGAUAGCACCCUGGGAGAUGUGCUUUGGCAUAGCUCCAGGACAGCUUAGCAUUGAACCAAGGCUCUUCAGCCCAAUCUUUGCCUACACAAGCGCACACACACACACACACACACACACACACACACACACACACACACACACACACACACACACACACACGCACACACACACCAUUUCAACAAACUGAGAUUUAAUACGAACAGGCUCUCUGUGCUCUCGAGCCAAUUCUGAGUCCCUGAAUAUGUGUCAGCUUCACCAAAUGAUGCAUCGACAAGAAGAGACACAAAGGAGGAGCAGACUGGCGAGAGAGAUGGCUGUGAGGAAGCAUCACUCGCAGCCGCUCUCACGUUACUCUCGCUCACAUACUGUCGCGCACACAAGGCAGCUGCCUUGACAAGUGCACACAAAUCAUCCUUAUGAGAGCACGAAUGGAAACCUGUCUCAGACAAUAUUCUUCUCUUUCCCUUAAUGUUUACAGUGCUGCUGCCACUCCAGCCUUCUCACUGCUUUCUCCUGCGCCUGCUGUGUUUUUUUUGUUUUUGUUUUCUUUCUCUUCUCUUUGCACUCUUUUCUCUGGCUACAUGGCAUGACAUAUUAUGGUUCAAACAUGGCAGUCAUAGCGCUGAUCUGUUAUACAAGAACUUUGCCAAAAAGUUGUACAGUUGAAAGGACUUAGAAAAAAAUAGUAGCUAAUUUCCCCAUCUGUGCAUUCCUGUUAAGUUAAAAGUGCCCACUGAGAGGAGGACAGAGGGAGAGGGGUAGGACUACAGAGAUGAAGAUGACAAACAGAGAGAGGGAGAGAGAGAGAGAGAGAGAGCGCGAGAGAGAAGGAACAGUCAAUUACACCCAGCCCCUCUCCUACAGCCCAAUUCUUCGCCUCCUUCAGGCCAAGCGGAGCAGCGGCAAGAGCGACAGGAUUUUAACUGAGGAUAACGCGCAUCAAAAGGAUCUGAGAUUUCCCGGGGAUUGGUCACCAAAGACGGAGGAGAGAGAGAGAGAAAAUAACAGGAUACGGUAUCGCCAAGGAAGAGUUUUCAUCUGCAGAGACAAGAGAGGGGAAACAAGUCACUCGGAUCCUGAAAGAUUUGUGAGGCUCUUUCAGACGUCAGAACGUUUAUCCGGUUCGCACCUGCAUGUGCGUCGCGCAUGGACUCUGGGUCUGUGGGGAUAAAAGUGCGUAAAAUUCUGUCCGUUUUUACGCACGGGGGCAUAGCAGAGCUGGAGAGACGCGGAUACGCUCCUAUACGCACGAUGCUGAUCGGUACGUCUGCCCAGGGCAGCCCCCUCCUGGCUUCCCUCCCUGUCCCAGGACGGCCUCUACAGCCUCAGCUCGACCUCAAACACCUCCUGCCCUUCAGACUCAAUGGCUCCUCUCCACUCAGCCUUUUCCCAAACUUUAACACGAUGGACCCGGUCCAGAAGGCAGUGAUCAACCACACAUUCGGCGUCCCUCAACCCCUCAAGAAGAAACAGAUCAUCUCCUGCAACAUAUGCCAUCUGCGCUUUAACUCGACGAACCAAGCAGAGGCCCACUACAAGGGCCACAAGCACGCCCGCAAACUCAAAGCCAUGGAGGCCCAGAAGAACAGGCAGCGACGAGCAGGGGAGGCCUCAUCCACGGGGCGGGAGAGAGAGCGAGACAGAGAUCGGGAACGGGAUCGAGACCGAGACCGGAGCAAGACAUCCACAUCUGAGACGACACUUCCUGCGCUAAUGGAUACAAGCUCAGUGGAAGGGACAGGACUUCAGUCUGAUCUAGAAAUGGUCAAGCAGGAGGAGGAGGAGCCUGAGAAGAGUCCUACGAGCUCAGUGAUGUUGACACUGGUAUCCGAGGUCUCCUCUGUGGAUUUGAUCACCAUGUCCCCCCCUCAGAUAUCACCUUCCUCCCAGCUCUCAGAGACGGCCUCAGACACCAGCUCACCUGAAGCCCCAGAGGCGGCUGAGGCCUCAGAGGCUCCAGAGGCUCCAGAGGCUCCAGAGGCUCCAGAGGCUCCAGAGGCCUCAGAGGCUCCAGAGGCUUCAGAGGCUGCAGGCCAGACCCACGAGUCAGGCAGCCAUGCAGACUCAUCCAGCACGAAUGAGGAGUCACAUUUAGAUGAGGAGAAGGACCCCAAGAAGAGCAAGGCUCACCUCCAUUGUCCUGUCUGCAAAGUCACAGUCAACUCUGUCUCCCAACUCGAAGCACACAACAGCGGUACAAAGCACAAACUGAUGCUGGAGGGUCACAGUGUUCAGCCUCGACGCAGGGGGAAAGUGGUGGCAGCUCGCGCAGGCUGCAAGAGUAAGCGGCUGGGCAGCAAAGGAAGCGUCGGGGUGCCCAGCAAGAACUUUCAGUGUGAAGUGUGUGAGAUUUUUGUCAACUCAGAGACACAGCUGAGCCAGCACAUGAAUAGCAGAAGGCACAAGGAUAGGCUGGCCGGAAAACCACCCAAACCCAAAUUUACCCCCCACAGUAAGAGCCAGCCGAGCUCCAGCUUAGCGAACGUGAGAUGGAGUGGCUAUGCAGGCGUGGCUGUGUCUGCAAUGAAGAAAGCAUUCAGCCAGUACAAUCUCACCUCCCUCUCCUUGCAGACCAAACUGGCCUUGCAGAAGCAGCUGACCAAGAGCUUGACAACUGGCUUCCUGCCCAGCCCCCUCACCCAGCCAACUCUGUGCACAAUGGCAACUAACCCACUGGCUCUGCGCCACCCAGUGGGCACCACCACCUUCAUCCAGACCCCCUUCCUGGGUCCCACAUUGUUCCGGCCCGCCCCUGGGCCGCUGCGAGCCACACACACACCCAUCAUCUUCUCCCCUUACUAAAGACUUCGGCCCCUUUCCAACUUGAGCUCCACCCUUGUCCCUUUACCAAACCCCAGGCCCUCCUCAAGUGUGACCCACAUGACAAAGGCCACAAGCGAACUAUGCAGCCCGCCUGACUUACCGGAACAAGUGCACAAGUCCUGAUGCUCCAUAGAGAGCUGUUCUUAUCCUAAAGGCCAAGAUCCCCCAUCAUGCCUUCUUUCUGCUCCUCCUAUCAUGACCUAAGGAGCAGGACCGGCCUCCAGAAAGUGACUGGUGCACAGAGGCCACUUUUAUAGCCAUUUUAUGGGUCAAUGUGGUUCAGAUUAUGGAUAUUAUUGUGUAAUUUAUUAGAGAACAAAUAUAGACAAGUCUAGAUGUAUGUUUAGUGUGGUUGCCACAGAAUAAGGUCCCUUUACUUGAUGCUCUUAUAUAAUGUUUUUUUUAACUUAUUGGUGCGGAGGGUUUGAUGGACAGUGGGAGGAUCGUAGAUAAUUAAAGCAGCUGAAUCUGCAGCAUCCAUCUGUAUGUGGACGGGUUGUCUCACUCAUCAGGGGUUUCAACAAGCUUAAUGGAUCGUCAUCUUCAUAUGGCAAAUAUAAGCUCUCAGUACAAGUACCAUAUGUCAACUUUAUUACACACUAUAUACAAUAACUACAUGCAAACUUCUCCAUAUUUUAAAACCUCAUUCGUAUUUUUUUGCAUUAUUGACUGUUUAUAAAGAUACAUGUACAUGACCCACCUUACCCUCCUUCCACUGUACAAAAGUGAAGCCAAAAUAGCCCCUGUUACGAGUUCUUGUCCAGAUGACAGGCUGCCCAUUUCUCUAACCAAAACUCACAUUUACCUCAUCAAUAAAUGUAAAAGAUCCCUCAGUACAGAUCGGUACAGCCCAUAGCAGAACAGAUUCUUGUGUAGGUUUGUCACCGUUUGCUACUACUCCUUUCACAGUUACUCUUCUACUCUACUAAUCUGGUGCAUGCAUCGCCACAGGAGCCGCACUGGUCAAAAAAAAAGUGGUCAAUCAUGGCGUUAAACCCCAUAUGUAGCAUCAUAUAGCUUUAGAAACAAUUAGAAUUAGAACCAAACGUGUCAGAAAAAUGCAUGAAAAAUAAAUCAGCAUAAGAUCAAGUUUGAUAACGAAACAAUAUUUGAUGAGUAUUUUGAUGAUUUCAUUUGACCCAUGUGGGAUCUGUGUACUUGGAGGAGGCAGGUUUUAUGACCUAUGAAGCCGCAAGUCAAUAGGAUGAGCUCCAUUUGAUUUUGGCUUCACUUUUGGGGAGCGGCCAUGUCAUCCAUUCUCUUAUACAGUCUGUUUUACACCCACCAGUCCUCCCAAACACUGAAACCCAGGGCCAUUGACUUAUAUAAUUAAAACAUUUCUUGCUCUCUUCAUUUUUCUGAGUCACUGCAUCAGUCCGAUUAUUUUCGCACCCCUGUAUCCUCCGGAUUAAGCACUCAUUAAGGUCCAGAAAAGGUCAGCUUGUCAACUCGACUUUGUUUCAAUUUGCAGAUCUGUCCUUUCUUUAGAAUGGCUUUUUUUUUUUUCUUUCUUUUGCUUCGGUGCAUCAUUUGUGCGUUCUCUCCCCUCCAAGCUGGCGGCAUGAAAACAUGUUUGCAGCUUUGGAUGUCUUGCGUUGCAAAAAAUUACAUUCAUUCUUAUGUCCUCAUGACUGCUCCUUUUUCGUUUUUCUUCCUCCUUCAUCCCCAUGUCCUCACCUCACUGUUGCUCUUGAUUUGUCUGUGGCGUUAACUCAGCACGAGACAAUGAUGAGGAGCAGGGAGCACCCUUCCAAGACACAAUCGCACACACAAUAAAAACACAAAGGAUGACUUGAGACAUGAUGGGAUUUUAGAGCUCAGUUUAAGUUUGGUAGACAUUGGGUGGGGCCACUGCCCAGCUGGUGCUUGAUUGACAUCCUGUUGCAGAGUGUGAGCACAGCGUGGGAGGGAACAAAGCACAGUGCCAUGGCAACCACAUUAAAAGCACCUUAAUACUGAUUUACUUACAAAAGCAAUGAAAAAUUGUGUUGAUGUUCACCUUUUUUUGCUGUUGGAGUGUUUUUUUUACAAUCCCAUGUCAAUGUUAGUGAGAAUUCUGCUUUGAGAACCCAAAAAAAACAAUCAGGUGAAAAAAAAAAAUCACUUUAAGACAAGUCUCACAUUUAAAGCAAUACAUUCAAUAUGUUUUAUUUAUAAUGUGUUUUCAGUGUGUCAAUGGCUUUAACUAUUCUAUACUGUACACACCUGUAACAAUGUAUCAUGUACUUCAACACAGCCAAGGGUCACACUGAACAGUCAGCGUGGAAUCAUUUGAAGUGUGGCGUUGACGGUGCUUCUCUUGAUGCUCACUGUAAGCCUCCGCAUGUUGGGAUUCAAAGCAGACGAGGUUUCAUUCCCAGCUGCUCUCGCGCUGCAGUGUGACACUGCUUUUUCACUCUCAUGUGAAGCAGGGAAAAACUUUUGUAUGACUUCCACUGAGCAAAACAUUGUUACAUCAGAGACAAGUGUUCGGGACGAGUGUCACAAGAGCAACAUCGACUGUCAUAUCGCUGUUCAUGCCGUGUGCUGUCUCCCCCCUGCCCACACAGGAAUUCGACUGACAAGCAGCCCUCCUUCUGCCAAAACGGACUGUUGGCGAGAAGGACUUGAAGCAUUACACAUCAUCCUCCCUUCAUACCAAAUCAUGUUCUCUUAAAUUACAGCGAUCCUAUGCAUUUCUCAUUGUGCAAUAUGUAUAGUUGUUUGUGAUGCAGCAGUGCCAUCUGUCGUACAAACCCUGUAAUUGCCAUUCAGUGCUUGUGCUUCUACAGAACAUCUCAACAUACCUAUAUUUCUGUUUAAGGACCCCCAAGUGAUUUUGGGUAACCGAAGCCACCGGGUUCCCCGCCAUAUCAAUGUGACCCCCCUCCCCUCCCCCCAGUUGCAUUACUCAGUGAACCAGCCAGCCUUUAAUCUUCACUGUUUGUUUGUUUCUGUCGCUCAGUGGGAACUCUGACCUGAAGAAGUGAAACUUUCUUAAAAUAAAGAAUCUAGAGAAGGCUAAAUUAUAUGUAGAAACCAUAGAGUAACUAUAGAGAUUUUAUCAGAGUUGCUAUUGUUAUCUGUAUCAUAAAGAACUGCUAUCAUAGAAGAGGGUAGAUUAUGUUAUUGUAGGCUCUGUGCAGCAUACAUGGAAGAAAAAAAAAUCUUUGUUUAUUUACGUGGUUUUACAAACAUGUUUUUUUUAAGUACAAAAACAGAUAUUUAAAAGCUUAUUUUCCUCUCCUUGUUGAUUAAUAAUAUAAUUCAAGGCCUUUUUUAAGACGAUAUCCUAAAGUCACAUUAGCCAGGCCUUCUCAGGGGUGACAGGUUGAGCAAAUGCUUACAUGACCAUCCAUUCAGGGUAUCCCUCCACAGCUCGACAGAGCAGGAAACACUGUACGCAUGGAUGGAGUGACAAACAAAAAUAGACAUACAGUGCUGUACCAUAGAGAGCAAAAGUGAUGGAUUUUGGAAAAUAAAGCUUUUAGAACUUGUAAAAAA